AUGUACCUGAACAACUUCCUCGGCCGCCGCUUCUCGCUCCUCGCUACGGGAGUAGUCUCCAUCAUCGGCGUGCUCAUCGAAAUUACAAGCGCUCUUAAUCCUACUGCUCGUUUCGCGCAGUUUGUCGCAGGCAAGGUGAUUGCGUCCAUUGCCAUGGGGCUGGCAGUCAACAUCGUCCCGAUCUACCUUUCUGAGACGGCGACGGGAACCGCGCGUGGUUCCGCAGUGUCUGUGUAUCAGAAUGUCCAGAUCAUCGGUGUCAUACUCGCUUCUGGUGUCGUGUAUGCAUCGUCAAAGAGUGCUACGCCAUCUGCAUAUCUGAUUCCAAUGGGUUUACAGCUUCUGGCACCUUCCAUCAUGGUGGCUAUGUGUCCGCUACUGCCGGAGAGCCCUAGAUGGUUGGUGUGGAAAGGGCGACAUGCCGAUGCUGUUGUGGCAGCGACACGGAUCUUCGCCACACCAACAAAUGGCUUCGACGCAGACAAAUACAUCGAUGACAUCCAGAUGGCUAUUGAUUCCGAGCGGAAUCGUGAAGAUGCGUCGCGCUGGGUCGAUCUCACUCGCGGGCCGGAUCUACGUCGCCUACUCAUUGCCGUGGGCAUCCAAUCGCUGCAGCAAGCGCAGGGGUCUGCGUAUAUGAACAGCUACAUCGUCUCGUUCCUGACGUCAACCGGAGUGACGAAUGUAUUUCCCGUGAUCAUGGGUCUCUACACGUUGUAUUACGUCGCCAUCUUGAGCGGACACUUCCUCCCAGACACUGUAGGCCGUCGGCCAGUUCUCAUCUCCACGGCUUUAUUCUGCGGCACAACUCUGAUGAUUGUGUCGAGCAUGGUUGUUGUGUUCAGGAACCCGUCCAUCGUACAGGGUAAAGCAUCGAUCGCGCUCAUCUUCCUUUGGCAGGCUUCGUUCGGCGUGCAAUCGCCAUUGAUAUGGAUCACAACGGCAGAGGCAGCCCCUUCCAGAAACAGGGAGAAGGUGCAGUCAAUAGCUACGUUCUUCGGCUUCGGUGUUUCGCUACUGAUCACGUCUGUAUCGCCAUACAUACAGGAUAAGGGCUAUGGAAACCUCGGCGGAACUAUUGGAUUCAUAUGGGCGGCUUUCUCGUUCGUCACAGUGGCCUGGGUUUUCUUCAUUGUUCCAGAAAUGAAGGGAUUCUCCAUUGAACAGCUCGACUUCUUGUACGACAACCGCGUGCCGACGCUCAAGUUCAAGGGGUAUCGCUUCGACAGCGAGACGGCGGUCAUUCUGGAGGGAGAAAGUGUGGACGAGGGGGAGGUGGAGGCGGUAUCCAAAGAGCCGAUUGUCGACGCGAAGAAGAUGUCCGAGGUGGAGUCUGAUUAG